AUGAACACCGUGGAAAGUACAGCACCCAAGGGCGCUCCGCCUAAAAGACGGAGGAGUGGGAACUCGGACGAUAUUGUGAAACGGGCCAAGCCAGAGACGAGUAAUGAGUUCGAGGAUUUGAUGAAAAAGGUGAAAGGAGAGGACAAAGAGUUGGCGGCAAAAUGUGCGAAACGGUUGAAGACGAUGUUGUCGAAUGGGCAGAAGAUCGGAGCAUUUGUAGGGCACAAGACUAACAUUGAAGUCUUGGUGGCGGUGUUCUCCAGGGAAACUUCUUUACUGGGCAACCCGACGUGAGUUAUCAGAAGGAAGCAAGCACAGUGUGAAUAGGGAACCUUCAGAUACAACGAAGAAUUGCAUAGAUACUCGACGAGCAUUCUGGCCAACUGCUGCUUCACCGACAGAACACCACAUACAGGAAUGCAAAUCAAAAAAGCUCAGAGAGUAUUUCUCGAUUUGGCAGGUUGGAAACGGGAAAUACUUUAUUGCUUCUGUAUUCUUCCAUUGCAGUUCGGAUUUGCGAGAGCAGCACAACGAACAUGGACAUCCGAGUGUCGAUGUGCCGCCUAAUCGGAAAUCUGUGUCAGAACAAAGAGUUAGUAACGAGUUGGCUUUCGAGGAACACCAUUCUCUUCGAUCGAAUCGCCCUUCUGCUCGAGUCGUCCAUUGAGAACAUCGUGACGCAGUGCCUUCGCAUUUUCCUCUAUCUCGCCAAUCACUCUUUCACCAGGGUCAGUUUGUUUUCCCUUAUAUACAUUUAUUUAUUGACUAAAAUGCGGAAUGUAAAAACCGGAUGCUAA